AUGAGUACCAUUCAAGCUCCCGUCGAACCCCCCAAGAGACGCCGGAUCGGUGUCCUGACCUCGGGCGGAGAUGCCCCUGGCAUGAAUGGCGCGGUCCGCGCGGUCGUUCGGAUGGCUAUCCAUAGCGAUUGCGAGGCCUACGCCGUUUUUGAAGGCUACGAGGGCUUGGUUCAUGGUGGUGAUAUGAUCCGUCAGAUUCACUGGGAGGAUGUGCGGGGAUGGCUCUCGCGCGGAGGCACGCUCAUCGGCUCCGCGCGUAGUGCGUCUUUCCGUGAACGUGCUGGUCGUCUGCGCGCAGCGAAGAACAUGGUCCUGCGGGGAAUCGAUGCACUGGUCGUCUGCGGUGGUGACGGCAGUCUGACUGGUGCUGAUGUCUUUCGUGCCGAGUGGCCGGGUCUCCUGAAGGAAUUGGUCGCCAACGGCGAAUUGACCGAGGCGCAGGUUCAGCCUUAUCAGGUCCUCAAUAUCGUCGGUUUGGUCGGUUCAAUUGAUAACGACAUGUCCGGCACUGAUGCCACCAUUGGUUGUUACUCGUCUCUGACCCGGAUCUGUGAUGCCGUGGACGAUGUCUUUGAUACCGCUUUUUCACACCAGAGAGGAUUCGUCAUCGAGGUGAUGGGUCGGCAUUGCGGCUGGCUCGCCCUCAUGGCCGCCAUCAGCACUGGUGCUGAUUGGCUCUUCAUCCCGGAGAUACCCCCUCGCGAUGGAUGGGAAGACGAUAUGUGUUCGAUCAUCACAAAGAACCGCAAGGAACGUGGAAAGCGCAUAACGAUCGUGAUUGUCGCCGAGGGAGCCCAGGAUCGCCAGCUGAACAAAAUUUCUUCGUCCACUAUCAAAGAUAUCCUCACUGAGCGGCUGGGUCUGGACACCAGAGUGACUGUCCUGGGCCAUACGCAGAGAGGCGGCGCUGCCUGCGCUUACGAUCGUUGGCUGUCGACGCUUCAGGGAGUUGAGGCCGUUCGUGCCGUCCUGGAGACGACUCCUGACGCUCCCUCGCCCGUCAUCACAAUCCGCGAGAACAAGAUUAUGCGCACACCCUUGAUGGAGGCUGUCAGUCUCACCAAGGAAGUCACCUCGUACAUUCAGGCCAAGGAUUUUGAUAAAGCGAUGACCCUCCGCGAUGCCGAGUUCAAGGAGUACCAUCGGGCUUACCUCAACACCGCCACGCCUGACCACCCGAAGCUGUUCCUACCGGAGAAGAAGAGGAUGCGUAUCGCCAUCAUCCAUGUCGGUGCCCCUGCCGGUGGUAUGAACCAAGCGACUCGGGCUGCCGUCAACUACUGUCUUACUCGCGGCCACACCCCCCUUGCGAUCCACAAUGGUUUCCCUGGUCUUUGCCGGCACCAUGCCGAUAAGCCGGUUGGCUCCGUGCGGGAAGUGAAGUGGCUGGAGUCUGACAACUGGGUAAAUGAAGGUGGCUCAGAGAUCGGAACCAACCGCAGCCUGCCCUCGGAGGACUUCGAGACCACUGCCAAGUGCUUCGAGCUCUAUAAAUUUGAUGCUUUAUUUGUUGUCGGUGGAUUCGAGGCGUUCACUGCAGUCAGCCAGCUACGCAAGGCUCGGGUGACCUAUCCUGCGUUCCGCAUCCCUAUGGUUGUCUUGCCAGCAACCAUCUCGAAUAACGUGCCGGGCACUGAGUACUCUUUGGGAAGUGACACCUGCCUGAACACUCUCAUCACCUUCUGUGAUGCUAUUAGACAGUCUGCCUCUUCCUCCCGUCGCCGCGUAUUCGUCAUCGAGACCCAAGGCGGCAAGUCAGGCUACAUUGCUACCACUGCGGGCUUAGCGGUCGGUGCGGUGGCUGUAUACAUUCCUGAGGAGGGAAUAGACAUCCAGAUGCUGUCGCGCGAUAUCGACUUUUUGCGUGACAACUUUGCGCGGGACAAGGGCGCCAACCGUGCUGGCAAGAUCAUUCUGCGCAAUGAGUGCGCCUCAAACACCUACUCCACUCAGGUCAUUGCAGACAUGAUCAAAGAAGAGGCCAAGGGCCGCUUUGAAUCUCGUGCGGCGGUACCCGGCCACUUCCAGCAGGGUGGCAAGCCCUCCCCCAUGGACCGGGUGCGCGCACUGCGCAUGGCGAUCAGGUGCAUGCAGCACAUUGAAAACUAUGCGGACAAGUCGCCCGAGGAGAUCUCUGUUGAUGAGCUGUCUGCCGCGGUGAUCGGCAUCAAGGGCUCUCAAGUACUGUUCUCGCCCAUGGGUGGGCCUACCGGUCUUGAGGAGACAGAAACUGACUGGCCGCGCCGCCGUCCCAAGAGCGAGUUCUGGCUAGAGCUGCAGGGAGUCGUCAACAUGCUUUCCGGAAGAGGCACCUUUAAGCCAGAACAAUGGAUAUGCUACGAGAGUACGUAA